CCGAACCGGAAGCAACAGGUCGCAUCCGGUCGCAUUGUGGAGCACAAUUCGUUAAGGAGAUCCUUUGGUGAACAAGGUGUGAUCGUUGGUUGUUUGUGUGCAAUAGAUAAGCUUCUUGGUGUAAUUAUGUUUCCAUAAAAAAUCCAAGCAAAGUGUAGUGGACAUCAUUUGUCUGUGUCUGUGUGGUUGGAUGUGGCAGGCUCCUCUAUCCUUUUAACCCUGAGCCACAAGGUGUGUUUGCACGAGGGCGUGCAGAAAGUGAAACAUUUAUUGCAGAGGUGUUUGGCGAAAGCGCAUUAGUGAUCGUAACAAUGUGGCACCUGUGGAUUGUUUUAUUAGUAUUUACUACGGAUUGUUCAUUUUCAGACUGUACAGUGUAUGGCAACGUAAACGAAAGCCCCGACGACACAGGCCAUGCGUCAGCGUCAAGAUCUUUACCGACCCAGCCAAUGGAUUUCGUAGACACCGGUACCGCAGGAUUGGGCCGAGAGCGUAUCAGUGAUGCGGGACGCAAAGACCUCGAUCUGUUCAGUCAGCUGAAACAUAUGCAACCAAUUCCCCGCAGUGGGGGCCACCGAUCAGUACCAUCGACUGCUUCCGAGUCCGAAAUGGCUGGCGUAAGAAAAUCACUAGCAACGGUUCUUCAGCUGUUACUUCCGUAUGGUAGGCUGCAACAUCGACCACAUCUGUCAGCGGAUGAUGCGAUCGGUUCCUACGAGGAGGAAGCACUGUUCGGUGAACCUUUGGUUCCCGAUGGACCAGACACGGCGAACUAUAUGCUUCACGGCAAACUGGUUGAGAUAGGCCCAAGACAGCGCACUGCUUUUGGUAGUUCUACCGACGGGGAGAAUCGUAAUGCCGGAACGGUGGACGAAUCCUUCGGAACCGUAGGUCAAAAGCGGGCCGCUGCUCUUCGUUCUACCAUGGCACGUCGUUCCCAUAUUAUGCCCACUGGCACGCAAAGUGGAGGUGGCGGUUCGGCAGCGGAGGAGGGCAGCUUUAUGCCUUCCAUCAGUGUUGGUGAGUUUUACGGCGCGCUGACAAACCUAGGCGAUUUCUUCCAGAACCUUAAGCACAAUCUUGAAUCGCUCGAGUCGAAGAACUUGAACAACGAUCAGGUGAAGCUGCUGGAGGGUCAAAACAUGAUCAGCAAUCUACGCAAAGGGUUCUUCUAUUCCAGAGUUUGUCGAGGACUAUCCCAAGCCGGCGGGCAGUGCCGCUUUCCUGCACGCCAUCCGGAACUAUCGGCCCUCGCACCGGAUUCGAGCGCUGGUUUCCACCGUGCCGGAGCUGUACCGUGGGACCAACUUUCACGAUCCCGUGUACAUGCUUGCCGGACUCGGAAAAUGAGCUACCCGCCAACCAUCCGACCGCCCCACUCGGUCCUGCUGGCGUCUUGCUAGGUAAAUCGGAGGCAACAGCGCCUAAACGCUCGCCGCACCAUCCUGGAUUGAUGGACGCUUGUUUGUCGCCUCCCGUCUUCCCUGGACCGGCAUGGAUACGGCGAUGGUGUGCUGGACGUUCGAAACAUCAACAUAAAGGCCAUUCUUCUUCCCCAUUGUGCACGCUACCCUCGUAUGGAUCACAAUCUCGGUUCCAUUUGUUGCCCUGCUCGUGUACUGAUUGUAAAUAAGCGCCAAUUUGUUGCUCGCUGUAGAAACUAUUUCCACCGUAACCACUUCCUCUAACAACAACAAAAAAAUGGAAGAUCUAAUACACCCUGAAAUACUAUAAAAAGUACUACAGGCAAACAUAUUAAGCUAUUAAGCUAUGCAAAUACCAACCAUACUUAUUAUAAUAAACAUAAGAACAGUGUACCGAUCAGGGGCAUAGAUCGAGCAACAAAGCACCAAAAUCGCUUGGUACAAAAUUAAGAAAACCAUUUUACGAUUGUCAGCGUAGUUGACAUAAAAAAAGAAACGAAAGAAAUUGGAAAAUGCGAAAAACUCCCUCGGCAGCGAUUCGGUGGGAGGCAAACCUGAAACUAUGAAACGUAGCUCGAUCAAAAUAUAAGAAGAACAAACAACACAACACAAAACAUAACGUAUGUUACGCACUGAAAAUGAGUUUUCAUUAUUACAUGUCAAUAAAUUCUACCAACCGUUGUUUCGCUUUUGAUGUGUGGAAUAAAUUAA